CACACACCCAAAAUGUUCGCAUAACUAGAGUCCCUUAAUUUCGUCGCCCGUCCACCCUUGGCCAAAGUCUUUGUGACCGUCUGGCAACCAUAUAUCAUCGAGAAUGGUUAACAAACUCGUUCGUAUCUCCAAGAACGGCUCCCUCCUAUUCGAACCCGAAAUCGUCUACCGCAUACACCACUUGUGACACCGCUUCUCUGUCCUUUGUCGACCGACCAAGUCUACCUCGCCGCCGCCACCCACAACAGCUUUGUAGUAUCAAUAACCGCGUUCAACCGCCCACACCACCACCAACAGCAAAACAAGAAAUGACAACUGAUUCAACUUCUCUGUUCGAUCUCGCGCGAAAUAAGCUGCAGACGUCCUUUGGUGGCCAUAAGGACCGAUGCAGCUUGCAUCGCUGGGUGUUACUAAAAAACUCCAUCAUCAACUCCACUUCCGCUCUCGUUUCCAGCGCCGUCGACGCCGUCUCUGAGACUCAAGUUUCCUCGUAUUCUGAAGACUUGGACGACGACGAUAGUGUUUCGGACGAGGUGUUAAGCUCGGUGGCUGGAGGUAGUGUCCACAGCUUCAUGUUUCCCGACGCUGGAAACUUGGUCGAGGCCGGCCCAGCAGACGCUCACUCUUCGGAAGCCCAGUGGCUCGACUCUCUUUUAGAAGCUCUCGGUGACGAUGACGACGACGACUUUGGACCAGAUUCGGAUUCGCGAACGGAGGAUGAGGACGAGCAACUGUUCAGUCCUUCCGCUUCGCCCAUGUCCUCGUCAGACGAUCUCCUCCCCUCUAUGCACAAUCAUCAUCCUUUCCAGCAGCAUCAGCAUCAUUCUUAUUUUUCUUCAUUACCUGUAUCAUAUCCUAUUAUUGACCCCUACCCACCCUGCCAUCCCCCUCUUGCUAGUCCAUAUGCUUUCGACUCUUCUUCUCUUUCGUCCCUUCCCCCUCCUUACGAAGACCCGCUGCCCUUCUCCGACGAUGUCGACGACAUGCCGGUUCCUGACACGAUAGAAGACAACACCUCGGACGACGAAUCGGACAGCCCACCAACGCCCAUGGGUGGAUCUCGCUCUUCGCUCUUCGACGUUGACGUGCUGGACGCAGCUUCCAUCCCUCUUCCUCCAGACCGCAGCCGUUUGAGUCAUGGCGCGGCCGUUCGUGUAUAUGAUCAAGAUUCCUCCUCGUCUUCGUGCUUUGGGCCUUCUUUUGAUCCAUUACCUUUUUCUACUAACGACGUACAUUCCACGUAUAAUCUGUAUUCAGAGUGUUAG